CCGAAAUUCGGUUUGGCGAAGCAAGGAACAAGCAAGACACGCCAAAGCAGCACGAAAGCAGCAAAACAAGCAAGCAACAAGCAAGCAACAAGCAAGCAAGCUCCAACCCAUGGCAGAUGGCCACCCGACCAGCGUCGCCAUCGCCCCGACCACCACGACAACCACAGCCAUCACCAUCAUCACACAGCGCCAACAGCAGUAGGCUGAGAUGAUGGUGAAGCAAGCGAAGCAAGAAGAAAGCGACGACGACGGCGGCGGCGGCGAAAAUGGGCGCAAUUACAACACCGCCACCUCGACCGCAGCAGCGCCCAUCAACCGCACACGGCACACACGAGGACCCCCAGCGUCCACGACGCCUGCCCAAAGCCAGCACCCAACAACAAAGGAACAGAAGCAGAAGGCCAAGGCCAAGCACAGGCCAAGGAGGAAGAAAACGGGCGAGAGCUCAACAACUGCAGCAAGCUCCACUGUCAAACAGCAACAACAACGACAACAACGACAGCGACACCGAAGCAGCAGUAGCACCGAAGCAGCAGUAGCAGCAGUCGCAGGCGCGAGACAACCAAGAAGAUGAACCCGGCAAUGGCACACCAGAGAAGAAAUCGGGCCACCAACGUCCGUGAUAGCGUGAGCGAGAACGAGCCCGCUCGAAAUCGUCAGCCACAACCACAGCAGCAACAACAACCGCAACCACAGCAACCACAGCAACAGCAAACGCAGCAGCAGAAGCGACAGGCCAAGCGAUCCGACGUCAAGUUCGCCAUUGGCCAUGUUCUGGAGGUGGAAGGGCACGGGAAGUGGCAAGUGUACCAGGAGCUCGGAUCGGGCGGUUACGGACGCGUUUACCAGUGCCACCGAAUCGGUACAGCACCCACAGAUGAAAACGACGACAGCGGGCACGCGACGCUCUCUGGCUCUGCUGCUGCCUUGAACGCAUCGCUGCCGUCAUCCGCCACGGUCUCACAGGCUGCCUCAACCACCGCAUCCACCACCACUACGGCCGUGUCGUUACCUGCUGGUGCAUCGACGGGCGUGCGGGCGCGGCAACCGCAGAACAUCGCCAUCAAGAUGGAGGCAAACUACAAAGGCCGCACGUGCCACCUGGAGCACGAAUACCGCGUGUACAAGGCCGCGAACGCAUCGGCGCACGUGCCCCGCCUGUACUUCCGCGGCACGCAGAGGAACGCGCACUACAUUGGCAUGCAGCUGCUUGGCAGGAACGUCAGCACCCUCCGCAAGAAGGCCAGAGGGCAGGCGUUCGACAUGCCCACCACCGUGCACGUUGCACGCGACAUGCUGCGGGCGCUUGAAGACCUCCACCGCCGCGGCAUCGUGCACCGGGACGUCAAGGCCGGCAACUUUGCUGUUGGCAUCAACAGCGAGUGGAACCGCGUGUUUGCCAUCGACUUUGGGCUGGCGCGCUUCUUCCGCGAGAACGAUGCAGCCACCACGCCGCCCAAACCAGAGAGCAAUACCGCGUCGUUUGUCGGCACCACCCGAUACGGGUCCAUCAACUCGCAGAGCGGCUUCAGCCAGAGCCCGCGCGACGACCUUGCCAGCUGGCUGUACUCACUGAUUGAGAUGCACGUUGGCCGCCUCCCCUGGCGCGAGCUCAAGGGCAAGCAGGAGGUGCUCGAGUGCAAGAAGCGCUACACGUGGAAGGAGCUGCUGCGCAAGUUCCCCACAUCGUUCCUGGCCAUCGCCAACAUCGUCGACGGGCUUGCGUAUGCCGAGCUUCCACACUACGACACCAUGCACCGCCUCCUCGACCGCGCCGUGCACGCGCAUGAGCCGUCGUGCCCGACGCCGCAGCUGCAGUGGGACCAUGUUGUUGUGCGCAGGGACGGGAGCUCCGAGGUGCACCCACCAGGCGCACCCAGCCACCGCUGCCAGGGAUGUGCAGACACAACAGCGUGGCAACAGGGCAAGCGCGACGGCCAGCUUCUCAUGAACACGCGGCAGUAUCGUGACGACAACAGCGCCACCACCACCACCACCACCCGCAGCAAGAAGAAGCGUCACGGGAGGCGUGAGCAUCGUGCCCUCCGCCUGUCCGAACUGCAAACGGAUGACCGUGGUGGACACCCCGCUCGCAGCCGCCAUCGUACCAACAACAACAGCAACGGCUAUGAUGAUGACGAUGACGAUGGUGAUGAUGACGAUGAUGACGAUGAUGAUGGUGAUGAUGACUGCGAUAAUGAUAAUACCAACCACGUUGUUGCUGAGGAUGUUCUUGAUGAUGAUGGUGAGGAGGAGGAGGAAGGUUAUGGCGGUGAAGAGAGUAACGCCGAUGAUGAAGGGAAUGGGGGUGUGCGCCAUGUCCAGCACGCUCACAGCCAUCUUGGCCACAGCAGCGCACGCCGCACGGCAACAGCAGCCGGCAGCCACACAUGCACGCACCAGAAGCAGGCAAAGCGCUCGCCGCCGUCACCGUCCCCACCAUUCACAGCAGCAGCAGCACUGUCAGCCUCAUCAUCGUUGUCGUUGCCACGACGCUACGUGCCUGCCUGCAAACGCUCGGGGGCGCCUGGAAAGGCAACUCAUCAAAUAACGCAACCACCGCGUGCUGCUGGUGACGAUGCUGAUGGUGGUGAUGAUGACGACGAGUGUGAUGGUAAUGGUGAACAUGGGAGGUGGGGGCGAAGAGGGAAGCACGGGCAUGCGAGUGGUGGUGUGGCAGAUCGCCCACGAACGCCGCGCCCAAUGCGACACCGAAGAGCACCACUCGUUGAACGUGCCAUCCCACAAGCGCAAGCGCACGCGCCCAACAACACCAGCGUCAGUCCCAACACCGGGAGCGGAGGCAGCGGUGUGCAUGACCGCGGCAGCGCUGUUGGCGCGUCGCAUUCAUCGCCAUUGCCAACCACCGCGGGUGGCGUCGGCACUGGGAGUGGCGGGAGCAGGGGUCGCAUCUUGGCCAGCCAUGCACAGGUUGUCUCGAGCACACCGAAUGCCGUGAGCACGUCGCCUGUGCAGGCCGGUGUUGACGGUCUUGGCGAGCUUGGUGGUGAUGCUGGCAAUAUCAAUCGUGCUGGUGGGUAUGAUGGCGAUGAUGUCUACGGUCGCGGUGACGCCGAUGAUCAUCAUGAUGUUUUCAUGGAGAAGAAGGAGCUACGCCAACGCACCAGCUUCAGUAACGGCCACAACACCUUAUCCCGCACCCACAACAAGUGCAACAGCAGUAGCAGCAGCAUCUUCAACGACGACGACCGCGCAGCCCGGGUGUUGGCCAUACGCGGCGGGCGGCGUGAGGCAAGGCGUGGUGCUUACGGCAGCGGUUCGCCAACACAGCCGACAAGCACGCACACGCGCGGAUCCCAGUCGGAUGACCUCCGUGGUGGUGCCCCUUCAGAGACGCCAAUCAAGGGAAGCGGGCUCCUUGGCUCCUUGCUACCCACGGUCACCAGCGGCAGUAUUUGCCACCUCAACAAUGGUCGCCUGUUGUCCUUCACUGCUUCCCGUGUCAACCGGGACCGCGAUGGAAACCAGGUGGAUCCCUGUGCUCCCCAACAUCAACACGACGCUGACGGUGGCAUUGCUGUGCAUGAUGGUGGCGGUGCCGGUCGCCAGCAAAGCCCGCACUACCACACGCCAACAGCGCCUACAGAGACACCAAACAGCAAGACGUGGAAGCGGUGGUGGGAUCGCUUUGGGGUGUGCGCGCGUGCGCUCGGUCCGAUGCCGCUUGAGGAUGUGUUUGGCAGCUCGAACCAUGUACCGCCGCCGCGGCCGCCACCAACGCCCGGCUCGCGUACACAGCUCGACCUGCAUCGUCGCAAGUACCGCGACUGCGAGGGCUUGGUUGAAUUCUCCUAUCGCGCCGAUGCACACGCCAACGAUGGUGACCUGAGUGGCGAACAUCAUGAUCACACCGUUGGUGUCGACAAUGUCAAAUCCUUCUGGACUCAUUGCUAUGGUGGCGAGGAGAGUGUGCGUGCACAGUAG